AUGAACUCCAGAAAUCUCCUGGACUGCAGAUUCUUCGUCUUCACCUUGCUGAGCCUUACGUCUCAUGAACUUGGAAAUGGACACAUCCAGCCAGAGUGCGAUCCCAUCACAGAGUGGAAGAGGAAUGAAAGCGAUUGCCUGCGAGAGAUCCAACAGCACAGAAAUGAAACGGCAGGUUGCAAGAGAAUAUGGGACCAACUCCUCUGCUGGCCGGAUGCAAAUCCAGGACAGACUCUAACCUUGGACUGCCCAGAAGUCAUUGUUCACUUCACGAAACAGAGAGGUUGGGUGAAAAGAAGCUGUACUGCUCAAGGUUGGAGCGACCCAUUUCCGCCAUAUUCCGUAGCCUGUCCGAUAGAAGAUGAGCUAAUUCGUGAUGGAGAGAUUGAGAUGGAGCAGUUCUACAUGGCAACAGUGAAAACCAUCUACACUGUCGGUUACAGCAUCUCUACUGCCUCUCUCACCAUUGCGGUUGUGGUGCUUAUUGCCUUCAGGAGGCUCCGUUGCCACCGGAACUAUAUCCACAUCCAUCUUUUCCUCACCUUCAUCCUGAAAGCCAUCGCCAUUUUCAUCAAGGACGUGGUGGUUUUCCAAACUGAAGGCACAGAUUACUGCAGCUUUUCCACGACUCAGUGCAAGAUCUCCGUGGUUUUCUCUCACUAUUUCAUGAUGACCAAUUUCAUGUGGCUGCUGGUGGAGGCGCUUUACUUAAACUGCUUGCUAUUAUCGUCCUUUCGUCAUGGAAGAAGAUAUUUCUGGUGGCUUGUUCUGUUUGGCUGGGGCACGCCAACAUUUUUUACUACAGUUUGGAUCUUGGUUAAGGUGCAUUUCGAAGAUACUGCGUGCUGGGACAUAAAUGAAGACUCUCCUUACUGGUGGCUUAUCAAAGGACCGAUUAUCUUUUCUGUUGCGGUCAAUUUUGUUCUUUUUAUCAACAUCAUCCGAAUCCUGCUGAAGAAGUUAGAUCCAAGACAAAUAAACUUCAACAACUCGUCUCAAUACAGGCGUCUCUCCAAGUCAACCCUCCUUCUCAUUCCUCUCUUUGGAACGCAUUACAUCAUCUUCAACUUCCUUCCUGAAGGAGCGCAUGCCCACGUGGGGAUCCGCUUCUACUUAGAGCUCUGCAUCGGGUCAUUCCAGGGGUUCCUUGUAGCCAUUCUGUACUGUUUCCUAAAUAAAGAGGUGCAAGCAGAAAUUUGCCGGAAAUGGCAAGGCAAUACUUAUGGAUUGAUGCCUGUCUGGAGGAAGAGGACGCGGUGGACCAUGCCCUCGAGUUCUGGGAUCAAAAUGUCAACAUCUGUGUGCGAAGGACAACCAAUGGGAUGA